AUGGAUGAAUGGGUUGCGCAAAUGUUCAACUGGGCUAGUAUUAUCAAUUCAUCUAUCAACAUAGUUGUCUACAUUUGGCUGAACAAAGAGUUCCGUUACCAAUUUGCCCGCGCAUUUAAUAGUAAGUGGCUACAUAUUGAAGUGAGAGCAAUUAAUGCUGCACAUGUAGUUCGCUAUUUGGAACGAAGAUCGCCUGUCACUGUCAUCGCACCAACGAAAGCACCAACAAGAACCACUUAG